UUAAUCAUGGGGGAUUCUUCAACAUCAUACAUACACAUGGUGCAGCAUCUGAUAGAAAAGUGUUUGAUCUUCAACAUGACUAAAGAAGAGUGCAUGGAAGCACUGUCAAAGCAUGCAAACAUCAAACCUGUCAUCACUUCCACUGUUUGGAAUGAGCUUGAAAAGGAAAACAAGGAAUUCUUUGAAGUCUAUGCACAAUCUCAGAGCAAACAAGACCGAAUGUCCGAGGAAGAGACAAGUCGGAUGAUCCAGAAGAUGAUCUCGGAUUCCUCUAAUAAAGAUCCCGACAAAUAAACCGGUCGGAUCCGGGAUUUAAAUAACGGUGAUUACUCAAUACUACGGUCAAUAUUUCCUUAUCCCAACCCUUUUCAUUAUCGAUAUUCACCGGAUUCAACUACAAUGAAUCUUAUCAUACAUGAUUUGACCGAAAUAACAUCACUCCGACCGUAAUUUAAAUCCCAUCGAAAAUAAAAACCAUUGUCCAUCCGGUCUCCUUUUAGACCACGUUUGGAGUGGCAGUGGUCCUAUUACACUUAUUCUAUACUACGGAAGAUCACGGAGUAUUCUACAAAAAAAUCUUAAGUUGCCCUAAUUCGAAUAACCAAUAAUCGUACACCACGUCGGCAUCGUCGCAAUAAAAUACCAAAAAGGGUAUUUUCGUAAUUUUAGUAUAAUUAGGUUACUCGUGGUCGUAUCAUAUCUUAUAAAUGUAAAUGAAGUUGGACAGUUGUAUCUAUGUUUUUGUUGUAUGUAAAUUGAAGGGGAUAGUUACGGCUCUAAUGGCGACAUAUGAAAGUCUCUGUGCCAUCCUUUGUCUUUGUAUAAAAUUCAUUUUGGCUU